GUAGCUGUAUAUCUAGGCUCGUUCUGCGCACCUUUGCUGACGAUAUCAAAACGAGAAGUCCUGCUACUGAGGUCAAGAUGGAAGUAGAUCUCGACUCCACCGCCUCAACACCGGCAUUCUAGUUGCGACUAACUUCACACUGAAUAGACUUCUCGAUGAUAUGGUCACGCCCGGUCAGCCUCAAUUGAGCGUGCCCCUUGUGUUUGCCAGGAGACCCUGUUUCGGAGCAAGCCAGCCGCAUUGGACGGACAGGAUGGGCGCACUCUACCCAGCUUCCUUCGUAUACUCAUCCCACGCUCACUUCGUAGGCUGGUCUUUGCAACGUACGCUGUUGGCCGGACCAUCAUGUACAAUCUUCCAUCCUCCAUUCGCCUCCUGCUUUACGUCCUGCUUGCUCAGCGCCGGUCCACUUCCCUUGCUCUUGACGUUACCUGGACCAGGCCGGCUGCCGGGGAUGUCUACAGUCCUGGGUCGUAUAUCAUCGGAGAGUGGUGGUCUGAUCGGGCAAUUUUAAUGCCAUCUUUUAGGCUGUGUAAUGAUCAGGCCGAGGCAGACGGCUUCGGUGCAUCUGGUGAGGAUGACGCUGGCUGUGGGAUAGCAAUCCAGCCCACCGUGACGCAAAAUGAGAGUAACAGCUCGUAUCAAGUCACUUUGUAAG